AUGAAGCGUUUUGCCAUCCCUGAACAAGAGUGCAGCAUAGCGAUGACGAGUGGGGUCCUCGAUAUGCUAACCGUCAUCGAGCACGGUCUGGUUGACCUGUGCACGAAGUGGGUAAAGCGCGAGAUUAGACAACGCUGCAGUGUUGCUGGAAUUCAGUACUCAAAGGCAAAAUGGCGUGGCUUCUGGGAAUAUUUCCGUCGGACCUGGAUGGAGCAGUACGAUGUGGAAGUGUGGAAUGUUGCAGGACUGGACAAUGAGCUUGUUGCGCGCACUAAUAAUCCGCUGGAAAGGUUCAACAGAGAGCUUAACAGUCGCUUUCCAAGUCCUCGACCAAGCAUGGCAACAUUUGUUGGUGUCAUCAAGACACUCUCGUCCGAGUAUGUUCACCGGCUUGCUGAUGUACCGCGCGGGCGUGUGCGCCGAACAACACGCGAGAAAAUUGAGCUACCUGUACCCGUCGAGAUCCCCGAGGACAUCGCUGACGACUCCGACGACGACGAACCGCUGGCUGUUGAGGUCGCAUCCGAUAGCUCCUCGGACGAAGCGUCUCCAGAAAGCACCGAAACGAGUACUUGUCAGUCUCUCUAG